UGAAGAGGUGUGCCGGAUAACCCCCCCCCCUCCAGCCUCUGGUGGAUCAUGGGCCUUCAGCUGCCUUGAUGAAGGAAACUGGGAGCGCCAGCUGCUCAGUCGUGUUCCUUGAGGAGGAGGAGGAGGAGGUGGAGGGCGAAGAAGAGGAGGAGGAGGAAGAAGAGACGCCCCCGCCGUGGACAUGGGCUCCCAGGUCCUCCAGAUCCUGCGCCAGGGCGUCUGGGCCUCGCUGACGGGGGGAUGGUUUUUCGACCCACACCAGAGCACCUUCUCCAACUGCUUCCACCUCUACACCUGGAUCUUCCUGCUUAUCUUCCCUUUUCUUCUCUACAUGGUGAUGCCUCCCAGCGUCGUCGUGGCGGGGGCCUACUGCGCCGUGGUCGCCACCUUCUUCACCACGGUGAAGGCCGUCAACUACCGCCUGCACACCAUGUUCGACCAGGGGGAGAUAGUGGAGAAGAACUCCGCCCUGGCAGAAGCGGCCAGGGCAGAAGACGGCGCUGCGGCUGACGAGAGGAACCUGACCAGGGACCCCGGUGGGGUGGAGAUGACGGUGUUCCGGAAGGUCAGUUCCACGCCGCCGGUGCGGUGCAGUUCCCAGCAUUCGGUGUUUGGCUUCAACCAAGUCAUGGACUUACUGCCCCAUCUGGAGGACGGGGCCCCCGUAAGAGACAUCAAAGAACUGGUGCGCGAGCAGGGCAGCAACAACGUCAUCGUUACGGCGGCCGACCGAGACAUGCUCCAACGAUGUUCCCCAGAGAACCUAGCGGGCGACGAUGCGGUGACGGCCCCCGAGCGGGAAGGCCCGGCCGGCAGCCUGCUCCCGGUGCCCAGGGCCGAGCCCCCCUCCGGCGUCCGGAAGCACCCUCCUCCCCUCCCGGUCCAGAGCUCCGUCCAAAGCACGGACUCCUCCGAGCCGUCUCCCCCCACCGGGCCGGGCUCGCGGGCCCCUCGCUGGACGGCCAGCGAGUCAGAGAGCGUGGGGGACACCCCGCUGAGCCCCCUGAUCAAGAGCAGCUUGAGCGAGGAGCUGAGCCAGAGCUUCCUGAGCCUGGCCUUGCCCGACGGGCGGCGGGAGAAGCGCCGAAUCCUCGGGGAACUCAGCUUCGACACCCAGAACACCUUGAACUCCCUGGACACGGUCAAGGGUGGGGACGCCGCUGAGCUGUGGGGCGGCCCCGAGCCGGAGCAGGUGGUCCGGCCGAAGGAGCUGAUCCUCAAGGGCCACCGGCGCCUCUCGCGCAAGCACGGCAGGGCUUACCUGCCCAUGCGCACCCUCCUGGACAGCAAGGCCUACGCGGAAGGGUUUUUCGCCGACGAGGACUCGAGCGACUGCAGCGACCUCAGCCGGGCCUCCAGCCUUCGCUCCCAGCACGACUACAGCACCGACAGCUCGUCCAGCACCUCCUGCUACUCUCCGAGCGGCCCCCCCGUCUCCAAGUCUGACCUGGAGGCCCACGCCGCCGGCAAGAUGGCGGCCGAGACGGAGUCUGGCAACGCCGUGCGCAGCCACUCGGCCAACCAGCCCGGCUGGAGAGGGGAGCUGCCCACCGAAGGGGCCGUCGGGGGAGCCCCUUCCGGUGAGGAAGGCCCCAAGCCGGACCGCUCCAACAGCGCGAAACGCCUGCAGGCCAUGAGGAGGCGGCACAACGCCGGGAGCAACCCCACACCCCCUUCCUCGGUGAUGGGAUCCCCCCCCAGUUUGCAGGAUCUCCAGCGCGGCCGGGCCUCCUCCCACUCCCGCACGCUGACCCUCCCCUCGGCCCUCCAGUUCGCCAGCUCCCUCCUGCUGCCCCGCGGGGCCGCCGUCCACGAAGCCUGCAACUUCGACGACACCUCCGAAGGGGCGGUGCAUUACUUCUACGACGAGAGCGGAGUCCGACGCUCCUACACUUUUGGGCUAGCAGGGGGCGGCUACGAAAACCCCGUUGGGCAGCACGUGAGCAUGGAUCAUGCCACCAAUGGCGGCUGGGACCGGCAUUCGCACUCCUCUAGCUUCAACUCCGCCGAAGUGCCGGAAGGGACCCCGGCCCUCACACUGCUGCAGCCACGUCCCGUGGUCCUUCAGGGCAUGCAGGUGCGCCGGGUGCCGCUGGAGAUCCCAGAGUUUGACCUUCUUGACCAAGAAUCACUGCACGAGUCCCAGGAGAACACGCUCAUGAUCGAGGACAAGUGCCACCCACGCCAGUACUACAAAUUUUGGGUGCUGCCCGGGCGCUGGAUGCGAGUUCGCUACGACCGCUUAGCCCUGCUGGCCUUACUGGACCGGAACCGGCGGUUGGCUGAGAACGUGUUUGUCGUGGUGCUGGUGAGUUUGGUGGCAUUCCUGGGCUACCUGCUCCUCCUGCAAGGCUUCUUUCGAGACAUCUGGGUGUUCCAGUUCUGCGUGGUCAUUGCCAGCUGCCAGUACUCCCUGUUGAAAAGCGUUCAACCAGAUGCUGCUUCGCCCAUGCACGGGCACAACUGGAUCAUCGCCUACAGCCGGCCCGUUUACUUCUGCGCGGCCUGCCUUUUGAUCUGGCUGCUGGAUCUGUGUUCCCGGGCGGUGCCCCUCCCGCCAAUGGCCUUCUACAACCUCGUGUUCUUCUCCGCCGACUUCUUCUGCUGCGCCCGAGACGUGGCCAUCGUGUUCACCCUCUGCUUCCCGGCGAUUUUCCUCUUCGGACUCCUCCCCCAGGUCAACACGUGCUUCAUGUACCUUCUGGAACAAGUGGACAUGAAUAUCUUCGGUGGAACAGCCGCCACCAGCCCCCUCACGGCCUUCUUUGCUCUCCUGCGUAGCGUCCUCGUGGCUGCUCUGCUGUACGGGUUCUGCCUCGGAGCCAUCAAGGCGCCGUGGGGCGACCAGCACGUCCCUGUCCUCUUCUCCGUCUUCUGUGGCCUCCUCGUGGCCCUCUCGUACCACCUGAGCCGCCAGAGCAGCGACCCCACUGUCCUCUGGUCGUUGAUACGGACCAAGCUCUUCCCGGAGUUCGACAAUCGCAACCUGGAAAGCCCUCCGGUCGGGAUUAAGGAUCCGCUCCCUGAGAAGCUGCGCAGCUCAGUGCGGGAGAUCCUUCACUCCGACCUGGUCAUGUGCUUGGUCAUCGCCGUCCUGACCUUCGCCAUCAGUGCGAGCACCGUCUUCAUCGCCCUCGAGUCUGUUCUAGGCUACGUCCUCUACGCCCUGGCGGGCUUGGUCGGCUUGGUGACCCACUACCUCCUGCCCCAGCUGAGGAAGCAGCUACCCUGGUUUUUCCUGUCGCAGCCGGUGCUGAAGCCUCGGGAGUACAGCCAGUUCGAAGUGCGCAGUGCUGCCCAACUGAUGUGGUUUGAGAAGCUCUACGCCUGGCUCCAGUGCGUGGAGAAAUACUUCAUCUACCCGGCCGUGGUGCUCAACGCCCUGACCAUCGACGCCCACUCCGUCAGCGGUCCCCGCCAGGACAAGAUCUGCAUCUACUGCCGAGCCCUCCUCCUCACCGUGGCCGGGAUGAAGCUGUUGAGGUGCUCCUUCUGCUGCCCGCCUCACCAAUACGUCACCCUGGGGUUCACCGUCCUCUUCUUCCAGUUCGACUACAAGCAGUACUCGGAGGGCUUCCUCACCGACUACUUCGUCAUGUCCAUCCUCUUCAGCAAGCUGUGGGAUCUCCUAUACAAGCUGCGCUUCGUGCUCACCUACAUCGCCCCGUGGCAGAUUACGUGGGGCUCGGCAUUCCAUGCCUUUGCGCAGCCUUUCGCCGUCCCUCAUUCAGCGAUGCUGUUUGUCCAGGCUGUUCUCUCUGCCCUCUUCUCCACCCCUCUUAACCCCCUCCUGGGCAGCGCCGUCUUCGUCAUGUCGUACGCUCGCCCCGUCAAGUUCUGGGAACGGGACUAUAACACCAAGAGAGUGGAUCACUCGAACACGCGACUGGCCACACAGCUGGACCGCAACCCAGGUGCGGAUGACAACAACCUGAACUCCAUCUUCUACGAGCACCUCACGCGUUCCCUGCAGCACACUCUCUGCGGGGACCUUCUGCUGGGGCGAUGGGGCAAUUACACCACCGGAGAUUGUUUCAUCCUGGCGUCCGACUAUCUGAACGCCCUGGUGCACCUCAUUGAGAUCGGCAACGGUCUGGUCACCUUCCAACUGCGAGGCCUGGAAUUUCGUGGCACCUACUGCCAGCAGCGAGAGGUGGAGGCCAUCACCGAAGGGGUGGAGGAGGACGAGGGCUGCUGCUGCUGUGAGCCGGGCCACCUGCCCCACAUGCUGAGCUUCAACGCGGCCUUCGGGCAGCGCUGGCUCGCCUGGGAGGUGGCGGCCACCAAGUACGUUCUCGAAGGCUACAGCAUCAGCGACAACAACGCCGCCUCCAUGCUCCAGGUCUUCGAUUUGCGCAAGAUCCUCAUCACCUACUACGUCAAGAGCAUCAUCUACUAUGUGACGUGCUCUCCGAAGUUGGAGGAGUGGAUGGGUAACGAGGGGAUCCAGGAAGCGCUGCGGCCCUGCACCUCCCUGAACUACGCCGACAGCGACCCCACCUUCAACCUCAACAUCGACGAGGACUACGACCACCGCAUGGUGGGGAUCACCCUGGCUUCCUUCUGCAACGUCUACCUGGACUGGAUCCAGUACUGUGCCGGGCGCCGGGAGAAGCCCGUGGACCGAGACUGGAACUCGCCUCUCGUCACCCUCUGCUUCGGCCUUUGCAUCCUGGGCCGGCGAGCGCUGGGCACCGCCUCGCACAGCAUGUCUGCCAGCCUGGAGCCCUUCCUGUACGGUUUGCACGCCCUCUUCAAGGGCGACUUCCGGAUCACUUCGCCCCGCGAUGAAUGGGUCUUCGCCGACAUGGACCUCCUCCACCAGGUGGUGGCGCCCGGCGUGCGCAUGUCCCUCAAGCUCCAUCAGGACCAUUUCACCUCCCCGGACGAGUACGACGACCCGGCCGUGCUGUACGACGCCAUCCGGUCCAACGAGGAGAAGAUGGUAAUCUCCCACGAGGGCGACCCAGCCUGGCGGAGCGCCAUCCUCACCAACACCCCCUCCUUGCUGGCCCUGCGUCACGUGAUGGACGACGCCAGCGACGAGUACAAGAUCAUCAUGCUGAACAAGCGCUACCUCGGGUUCCGGGUCAUCAAGGUGAACCGGGAGUGCGUGCGGGGCCUGUGGGCCGGGCAGCAGCAAGAGCUGGUCUUCCUCCGGAACCGAAAUCCGGAGCGCGGCAGCAUCCAGAACGCCAAGCAGGCCCUCCGGAACAUGAUCAACUCCUCCUGCGACCAGCCCAUCGGGUACCCCAUCUACGUCUCCCCGCUGACCACCUCGUACGCCGGCGGGCACCCCCAGCUGCGCUCGCUGUGGGGGGGCCCGGUCAGCCUGCAGAACCUCUCGGCGUGGUUCAUGCACAGCUGGGAGAGGCUGCAGAAAGGCUGCGGGGCCGGUUGUAACAGCGGCGGGAACAUCGAGGACUCGGACUGCGGGGGCGGAUCUUCCUCUCUCAGCAAUAACCCCGCGGUGCACGGGUCUCAAGUUCCGGGAUCCCUCAUCCACAGCGUGGGACUCGGGGCGGCGAACCCGGCCGAACCGGCGGUUCCUGCCGUCCGACCUCAGACGGAACCGGAACCGGGCCUUCCUCCUCCUCCUCCGAGUCAAAGCUGCCGCAAAGGACUGAACGGGCUGGGGGGCGGCGAGACGGACGCCUCUCCCGCCACCCCCCCGCCCCGCCCCAAGGACCGCUCUUCCUUAUCCCCUUCGGCAGCGGCUGCGUCAGGGACCCCGGCGGUUGCGGACAGUCCGAAAUCUCAGGACCACGGACAGCAAUAA